CAAGCUAAAAAUUUGAUUUACGAUCAUCCGGAUAUUUGUAACGUUGUGGAAUAUAUAAAAAACAAGUUUUAUUUUGCAACAUUAAAAAAUGAUCGAAAGGAAGCGAGAAAAAUGGAAAAUGUUGAAUUUUUCAAUAUAGACAACGAGCUAAUUUAUAAUAACUUUUACAACGACUUUGGACCUUUGAAUCUCGCGUGUUUGUACAAAUUAAAGUUGAUUUAUCACAAUAGGUAUUGCUGUAAGUUGAAAAAGAAAUUAAACGAUUCAAUAAACAAGCAUAAAUUACUCGUGCAUUGUACUUCAAGAAAUGAGGAGAAAAGAGCAAAUGCUGCUUAUUUGAUAGCCUCAUACGCCAUUUUGUAUUUGAAUAAAACUCCUAAUGAAGCUUACAAACCUUUCAUCGUGGGUAACGAAUUAAUAUCGUUUAGGUUAUUUCAAGAUGCAUCUUUGGGACCAUCGAUUUACAAUAUUCAUUUACUCGAUUGUUUAAAUGCCAUUUACAAAGCUGUAUCCUUUGGCAUAUUCAACUUUGAAGAUUUUAAUUUAGCUGAAUACGAAAAAUACGAACAAACACAAAAUGGUGAUUUGAAUUGGAUUGUACCGCAAAAAUUGUUAGCUUUUCUAACUCCAAGUACGGAAAAUGGAACGAUCUAUCAUCCACCAGAAUGUUACAUUAAUUAUUUUUUAAACAAUGACGUUGUUGCUGUCGUUAGGUUGAACAAAAAAACAUAUGAUUCUAAUAGUUUUACAAAAGCAGGAAUAUCACACUACGAUAUGUUUAUGCCAGAUGGUACUGUUCCACCAAAAAAAAUUCUCUAUAAAUUUCUUAAAUUGGUGGAAACUACAAAUGGAGCUAUUGCUGUUCACUGUAAAGCAGGAUUGGGUAGGACAGGUUCUCUGAUAGCAGCAUACUUAAUAAAGCAUUAUACAAUGACAGCCAGAGAAGCUAUAGCUUGGGCACGAAUUUGUCGAACUGGUUCCGUUAUUGGACAUCAACAAGCUUGGCUAGAAAACAUAGAAUGCAGUCUUUUGAAUGCAGGCCAACAAUAUAGACUUAAAUAUCAUGGGGAUAGCAAUAUGGUUUUACAGCACAGAUGGGGAAUAUACUCGAUCGAUAUUAAAUUAGAGAACAACGAACGUCGUGGCCAUUCUGAAACUGAUUAUCCUAAUAAUAAUCACCAAAAUAAUUAUCCAGGCAAGUUGUUUCAUUUAUAUCUUAUAGAGUUAUUUUAUUUGAUUCAAUGAAAGAGUUCUUUUUCCGUCUUCCUUUUUUUUUUUUUUUUUAUUUUAUCUUUCAUUUUCUUUUUUUCUUUAUCUCUUUAACAUGGGCCUAAGGAAAAUGUGGAAGACAUCGUAAAGUUGUAGUAUACUAAAAACUUUAGCUUGUCAAGUUGCAAGUAUAUUGCAUUAUCCUUUCAUAUAUGUGUAUCCUUAAUUUGUAAUUACUUCUAUGAGAGUGACUUUAAUUAAAAAUAAUAUAUAUAUAUAUAUAUAUAGGAAAAUGAAAAAAUAAGAUUAAUAAUACGUUGUGUCCUAAUGUAACGUGCUAUAUAAGAAGCUUCGUGUUUUUUUAUUUUAUUUGUAUUUUUAUUUAAACAAGAAAUAGCGAUGACUUACCUAAGAAUAAGGUAGUCAAAUCUAAAUUAUUGCGAACAUUAGAUAACUAUGAUAUAAACGUUAAACGUUUGUAAUUCGUUAAUGAAUGAUAAGAAAAUGAUUUUUCUUGUUGUCUUAAUUGAUUGUUAUAGAUAUUAAUAAUUAUGUAUAUGCGUGUAUGUAUUUUUGUUAUAUAUAGGUAAGUUACGAAAUGUAAAUGGUACGAUGAAAACAGAUACAGAAUCUUCAAAUCAAAAAAAGACACGUAACAAAAAGGAUUUAAUUAAAUGUCGUUGGAAGUUAAAUAAUUUGAAAGGUACUUCGACACAAGGUGACAAACUAAAUGAAAUUAAAAUGAAUAGAGAA